AAUCUUCUACAAAUAUUACUCAUAUUUACUGCACAGAUUGAUGAAAAAUUUUUCUCUUUAUACUUGAAAAUCGAGCUGGGGUCCGUACGGACCCCACUCGAGUAAAAGUUUAGUAGUCAAUAGGUGGCGAAAUGAGGGUUAACUAAUAUGGAAAUUAAUUAUAUUCAUUUAUUGUUAGAGAAUUGUAAUGACUGCCCAUUGACAAUAAUUAGAAAAUAUGCAAGUACUGAUGAACUGUUUUCUCUUCAUAGUACACCGCACGAGCGGAAGUGGAAACGACAGAAUAAUCACCACACAGAUGUGCUCAAAGAGAAAAUAGUCUCACACGUGAAGAACAUUGAUUCUAUUGCCACUAAGAGUUCUUUAUCGCUAGUCACUAAGGGCGAGACAGUUUCAGUUUAGUUCUUCAGAACGAGAAGUGAUCAUCAUUUCUUUUCAAAUAUUCCAUACAAAAAGAACAGCACAGCCCAGGCAUAUUGGUUCCGUUCAGUCAUAGUACCUAGGUUGUGCUUUUUUUCUACUAAAGAAUUCUAGAAAGAAAUAGUGAUCAGUUCUGCAUCGAAUUUCAGAAGCAUACUUGUAUCUAUUGUUGGGUAAUUGGUCGUCGUCUGAAAUUCAACGUUGCUUUGAAAUUUAUCCAGUAUCGUCUUCGAGGUAUACACAGCCAUUCUGGCCACAUAUCUAUACUUACAUUGACUGGUUUCUUUAAGGGUUAAUUGUUGUUCUCUGUAAUGGGGAUAUUUAUUUUGACCAUACACUUCGUUUAUUACGGAACAUAACACAUAUGGAACAAAAAGUAAUUGCAUUAAGCGUUAUUGAAACAUCUAUUGACGGUAAUCCAACAGAUAAAAGGUGUUUUGGUGUUCAUAAACAUUGGGGCAGUUAUGACACAUAUAUUAUUCAUCCACCGAUUAUUAGUGAGAACUUCGAACGAAUAUUGAAUGUAACUGAUAUCGAUAUUGGCGGAGUACUAGGUGGUGAAAAUCGACUUUUGUAUGAAAUGAAUAGAAUAUUGAAUUUAACUGCAUAUAAUCCAUGUAGAAUAAUCAAAGCUUACCAUUUACAUGCAAGUAAUGUUCGGACUAAUAGUUUCAAAGUAAGAAUUAAUCGCAAUGGGAAAUCGUUGCAACUACCGCCAAUUGAUUAUUUACCAUGAAUAAUAAACCAAUGUGUAAACCAGUAGUUCUUCAGUUAUUCAGGACUGUUUUAUUUCAAACUUGGAUCGUCCACGUGACCUUCCAGCAUUACACACUUACCAUAUAAGUUAGAUACUGUAAAACAUUGAGAAUUAUGAAUUUCGUUGUAUUUUACUUUGGGGAGUUUAAGUUCAAAACUUCCAUUCAAAAUGUUUUUUCGAUUGGUUUAAGCUUUAUUUAUUUAUCAAGGUUACAAAGAAGAACAUGUAAAAUCCGGCAUUAAAGCGGAUAAAUCCAUUUUCUCAGUGUCGAAAGUUACUGUAGUUAAUAUAAGGGAAAAGUAACAAAUGAAUAGGUUAAUAACAUGAAGGUAUCAGAGAAAGAUUUAGGUAAAAAUAAAAAAUAGACAAGUCAAGAUAAAAAUGAGAGUG